GGUGGCUUGGCGGAGACGAGACGAGUUUAGAUAUCUCCAGUUUACAAAUUUGGGUCCUUUCGUUCAAGGAACCGAUAAAUUUUUCUUUUGAAAAUAUGUACAAAUUUGUGAUGUGACGGUUCUCCCAAUUAUAGAUCGAUUUCACAUGAUCAGACUGUAAAAUAUCAGUAAGCCUUGGGUCCUCUUUCUCAGAACCUUCAACUUUUGACCUUAUCUUCAACCCUCCAAACCCGAGUUUUUCGUCAUGGGGCAAGUCUUGGGCAGGCUUCAGGGUAAGGAGUGGAGGCACAGACAAAUAAGGAAGAUAACGGAUCGAGUUUUUGAACGUCUCAUGAAUCAAGCAGAAAAGGCUCAUUUGACAUUUGAAGAUCUGUAUAUUGCUGUUUUACUUGUUUACAAUGAUCUCAAUAAGUAUUUGCCUGGUCCACAUUUUGAUCCUCCAUCAAAAGACAAAGUCAGAGAAGUCAUUCAGGAAUGUGAUAUCAAUCUUGAUGGGGCAAUAGACUGUGAGGAGUUCUACAUAUUCAUUAAGCGGAUGACCGGGGACACAUUCACGGUCGUAAGUCAAGGGCUUAUCAUCACUUUGGUUGUAGCACCAGCAGUUGCAGUAGCAACAAAGAGGUCUACUGAAGGUGUCCCAGGUGUUGGGAAGGUAGUGCAAAGGCUACCAAAUGCAGUUUAUGCAUCCCUUGUGACUCUUGCAAUUGUGGGAUUCCAAAAUUUAGGACAACAGUCUGUGUAGUGGCCAUUGCUCAUGAUCAUGAAUUGUGUGCAAAAGGAUUUCUUAUGAGAACUAAAACUCUGGGUAAAAUUUUUCAAGUGUUUGUUGUCAAGUUCUUGGAUAAAAAAAACUGAUUUUUCUGAAAGAACUUGUUGGCAGAUGCUUAAAAAUUGUUCUCAAGAUUUGUUCGUUAUCAUAAAAUGUUUGUUUAGUGCCAUGUAAGUAUUGGUUGUAGUUGGCAGUUUGGACAAAAGACCAUGCAUGUGUGAUAAAUUGUCUUGUGAGAAAUUGUUAAUGAUAUUAUUGUCCUUUACUGUUC